GCCCGCAACACGGAAGUACGUGGGAAACGUCUGCUGUUCUGUGUUUAAAAUAAGUGUCUUGAGAUGAGACCAACGGUGUUUUUUACGUGUUCAGUCCUAUUUUACAAUUUGGAGAUUGUACAUUCCCGAGGUGACGAUGGAAAGCAAGAAUGGCCGGUUCCUUACAGGCGAUUUGAUUGUCGUCCCGCUGCGGACUCGUACUGUGAAGCCAUGUUCCCCUUCUGUCCCACCGGCGACAGGGAUGGCCGGAUCCCCUACAUGAAUAACUGGGAUGUCAUCUCGGUAUUUCGACUGCAAGCUCCAGUGUGGGAGUUUAAAUAUGGAUCAUUGCUGGGGAAAAUGCAUAUCAUGCAUGAUGCCAUUGGGUUCAGCAGUGCUGAAACGGGGAGAAACUACACCAUGGAGUGGUAUGAACUCUUCCAGCUGGGCAACUGCACCUUCCCUCACCUGAGACGUGAGACUAACAACCCCUUCUGGUGCAACCAGGGAGCUGCAUGCUUCUUUGAGGGGAUUGAUGACAUCCACUGGUCUGAGAAUGGUACCUUGGAGAAAGUGGGAGAGAUCUCAGGUGGCCAGUUCAACGAGAUGGCCUUGUGGGUCCAGGACGACAACCAGACUGGGAUUUAUUAUGAGACGUGGACGGUCCGCUCAGACCCCGGCCCCAACGCCACCGUGUGGUUUGACUCCUACGACUGCUCUCAGUUCGUCCAUCGCACCUACAGGUAUCUUACGCAACAGGGAGCCAAGCUGUCCAGCCGAUUCCAGACCAACUACACUAAGAUCUACCUGUACAGUGGGGAGCCGACCUACUUGGGGGAUGAUGAUUCUAUCUUCAGGGAGCCUUCUGCGAAGACACUGGCUGAAGACAUCCGCAAGUUCUAUCACCCUUUCCGACCACACCAGUCGUACAUGGACUUUGUCCUCAGUCUCGCGGAGGCUUAUCAGAAGGUGGUAGAGGAGAAGAGCUUCUACUUGUACUAUAACUUUGAAUAUUGGCACUUACCCAUGAAAUCUCCAUAUGUGCAGAUCACAUAUGAGGAAGUGCCUUUGCCGUAAAGUCACAAUUUGUAAUUGGUUUUUCAGCCAAACGGCAGCCGAGCAGCUCUCUGCAGGGAUGGGGCUGAAAAAAAACGUUACCACUCAGUCAGAUGGAGCUAUGGAUCGAAGGACUAUCGUUAAUUGAACUUGCUAUUCAUUGAACUGCCAUAUUAAACUUUGUCACAUGCGCCAAAUAGAUCAACUGUAGACCUUACCGUGAAAUGCUUACUUACAAGCCCUUAACAAACAGUGCAGUUCAAGAAAGAGUUAAGAAAAUAUUCACCAAAUAAACUAAAGUAAAAAAUCAUAAGUAACACAAAAUAACAACGAGGCUAUAUACCGGGGCUACUGGUACUGAGUCAAUGUGUGGGGGUACAGGUUAGUCAAGGUAAUUUGUACAUUGAGGUAGGGGUGAAGUGACUAUGCAUAGGUGAUAAACUGUGAGUAGCAGCAGUGUACAAAACAAAUGGAGUCGGGGUCAAUGUAAAUAGUCUGGGUGGUCAUUUGAUUAUUUGUUCAGCAGUCUUAUAGCUUGGGGGUAGAAGCUGUUAAGGAGUCUUUUGGUCCUAGACUUGGUGCUCCCGUACCUCUUGCCGUGCGGUAGCAGAGAAAACAGUCUAUGACUUGGGUCACUGGAGUCUGACAAUUUUUGGGGCUUUCCUCUGACAGCGCCUAGUAUAUAGGUCCUGUACUGGGCUGUAUGCACUAUCCUUUGUAGCUCCUUGUAGCGCCUUACGGUCAGAUGCCGAGCAGUUGCAUCACCACCGCCUGUUAUGGCAAUCGGUCAGGAUGCGCUUUAGCUCGCUGCAGAUGUUGCCUGUAAUCCAUGGCCUCUGUUUGGGAUAUGGACAUACGGUCACUGGCGACAACGUCGUCAAUGCACUUAUUGAUGAAGCGGUUGACUGAGGUGGUAUACUCCUCAAUGCCAUUGGAUGAAUCCCGGAACAUAUUCCAGUUUGUGCUACACAACAGUCCCGUAGCAUCCGCAUCAUCUGACCACUUCCGUAUUGAGAGAGUCACUGGUACGUCCUGCUCCAGUUUUUGCUUGUAAGCAGGAAUCCAGAACUAUUCCAUAUUGCGUCUUUUUAGGUAGAGACAGCAAUGCACGAAGUAAACGGCAACAAGUAAGAAUGUAAAAUGUUUUGGCCCUGAGACUAUCAUGUUGGGGCAGUGUAAAGUGCACAUGCGCAAAUAUUUUUUGAGUGCAUUUUCUUGCGCUGCGCUCAUCUGCAAUUCAUCCUGCUGCUCAAUGUCAUGUUGUUGAGCCUCUUAACUUUCCAUUUGACUGGAAUGUAGUGCAAUUUAUCAGUGUAUGGGAGUGUUUGUUGAAAAUGCGCUGAGAAAGGCCAUUGCAAGAAGGGUUUUGGGUAGUAGACAGGAUAAGUGUUGCUAUGCACAGUCCUGAGAUUCUCAUCAGGACUGUGUGUAGCAACACUAUCUUGUCAACUAUGCAAAACUUUUCGGUCUAGAUUCAAUCAUUUCAAGCGUUAAUCCACGAAUGGCAGAUGCAUAACAGUGAAUAACUGCGUUGGUGCUGUCAAACCCCUGAGUGGCUGCUCUUCUCGUCAUUGUCACAAAUCCACACUUGUCCUUAAACCCACCAGCGUUAAAUUAGAAUGAGAAAGUGUAGCCUAGAAAUAAAGACAUUAGCAAAAAAGGAUUACAUCAGCCUAAUCGAGGUGUAGAAUAAAAUGUGUUCGAACUUGUAAGCUGCACUGUAAAUCUACACGCAAUAGUGCAUAAUGACAAAGCAAAAAAACCUUUUGUCUUUUAAGAUACAUUUUGAAAUAAGAUACAUUUACAUAAGUAUUCAGACCCUUUAAUCAGCACUUAGUUGAAGCACCUUUUGCAGCGAUUACAGCCUCGUCGUCGUGGGUAUCACAAUACAAGCUUGGCACAACUGUAUUUGGGGAGUUUCUCCCAUUCCUUUAAGAAUGAUGGAGGCCACAGUGCUCUUGGUCUUUCAAUGCUGCAGAAAUGUUUUGAACCCCUCCCCAGAUCUGUGCCUCGACACAAUCCUGUCACGGAGCUCUACGGACAAUUCCUUUGACCUCAUGGGUUGGUUUUUGCUGUGACAUGCAUUGCCAACUGUGGGACCUUUUUUUUUUUUUUUUAGAUAGACAGUUAUUACACUGUAUCACAAUUCCAGUGGGUCAGAAGUUUACGUACACUAAGUUGACUGUGCCUUUAAAAGCUUGGAACAUUCCAGAAAAUGAUGUCAUGGCUUUAUAAGCUUCUGAUAGGCUUAUUUUCCACCAUGUUUUGCAAAUAAAUUCAUUAAAUCCUACAAUGUGAUUUUUCUGGAUUUCUUUUCUUCUAAUUUUGUCUGUCAUAUUUGAAGUAUACCUAGGAUGACAAUUACAGGCCUCUCAUCUUUUUAUGUGGUAGAACUUGCACAAUUGGUGGCUGACUAAAUACUUUUUUGCCCCACUGUAUAUCCACAAUAAAACGAGUCCUAUAUCGACAACCUGAAAGGCCGGUAAGCAAGGAAGAAGCCACUGUUCCAACACCGCCAUAAAAAAGACAGACUACGGUUUGCAACUAAACAUGGAGACAAAUAUCGUUAUUUUUGGAGAAAUGUCCUCUGGUCUGAUGAAACAAAUAGAACUGUUUGGCCAUAAUGACCAUUGUUAUGUUUGGAGGGAAAAGGGGGAGGCUUGCAAGCAGAAGAACACCAUCCCAACCGUGAAGCACGGGGGUGGCAGCAUCAUGUUGAGGGGGUGCUUUGCUGCAGGAGGGACUGGUGCACUUCACAAAAUAGAUGGCAUCAUGGGGAAGGAAAAUUACGUGGAUAUAUUGAAGCAACAUCUCAAGACAUUAGUCUGCAAGUUAAAGCUUGGUUGUAAAUGGGUCUUCCAAAUGGACAAUGGCCCCAAGCAUACUUCCAAAGUUGUGGCAAAAUGGCUUAAGGACAACAAAGUCGAGGCAUUGGCGUGGCCAUCACAAAGCCCUGACAUCAAUCCCAUAGAAAAUCUGUGGGCAGAACUGAAAAAGUGUGUGUGAGCAAGGAGGCCUACAAACCUGACUUGUUACACCAGCUCUGUCAGGAGGAAUGGGCCAAAAUUCACCCAAUUGCUUGUGGAAGGCUCCCUGAAACAUUUGACCCAAGUUAAACAAUUUAAAGGCAAUGUUGCCAAAUACUAAUUGAGUGCAUGUAAACUUCUGACCCACUGGGAAUGUGAUUAAAUAAAUAAAAGCUGAAAUAAAUCAUUCUUGCUACUAUUAUUCUGACAUUUCACAUUCUUAAAAUAAAGUGGUGAUCCUAAGACAGGGAAUUUUUACUAGGAUUAAAUGUCAGGAAUUGUGAAACUGAGUUUAAAUGUAUUUGGCUAAGGAGUAUGUGAACUUCCGACUUCAACUGUAUCAAAGGCACCUGUUCACCGUCUGCUUUCGCUCGCCUCCAGCACACAGGCACUGUUGGGGCGAGCGACUCUGAAUUUACAAUGGCUAGCCGCAUGUGAAUAUUUUUUUUCUUGUUAAUUUUGCUAUUUGCCUCAUGACUCCUGCAUGCUUUGUUAACUAGGAACAUUCUUGUUUACCCUACCAUGGGACACACUGUUUGUUCCCACACUCGAGACUCUGACUAUUGGCUGCACUGACUUUUGGCCUCCUAUUCUAACCGGCAUUGUAUUCAUGUUACAUGAUAAUUGCUGUAUAAUAUGAUCCUGUUGCCAUCUAAUGUCAAAUAAACACUGCAGAGUUCUCCCUG